UAUGGUUAUGUUAUUCAAAAUUUCUUAUUAAUCCAAGUAUUUAAUUAAAAACAUUGGAAAUAAUUAAUUUUAUAGAUUAAUAAUUCAAUGUAUGAGUAAAUUAAUUGAUUAUAUCGUCUUGGCUACUGAAUUUUUGGACUGACACUAACUAACUAAAUUUAUACAAAUAAUAAUGUCUAAAUACGUCAAUCUUGCAAAUAUGAAUACUGGCUAUGCCAAAAGAAUGAAUCGAUUAAGUGCUCGAAUAUUUGGUGAGCCAUUAAGACCAACACAUAAUCGAUCAAUGAAAGUUGUUAAAAUAUUCAGUGAAAUGCCAGCUGAUAGAUGUCCAGAAAUAACAUCUUACUAUCCUCGACAUCCAGAGAUUGGAUGGUUAAUGAGGUGUUUAAGGCUUUAUGGACUCUACAGAGAUGAACAUGAAGAUUUCAAUGAAGAAAUCGAAAGAUUGAGAGUUCUACGAGGUAAAAAACCUCGACAUGGUUAUCAAGGGAAGAAAGAUAAAAAAGAGGCAAAGUAGAACUGUGUUGACAAUUAUUACUUUAUUAAUACAAUAAAUGAUAUUUAUCACACUAAUAAUA